AAUAAUAAAACUAAAGCAUAAAAAUAUCAGAAAUACUAAUCUAUACAUAUGUAGGUGUGAGUAUAUAGUAUAUAACCUAGGUCAAUAUUGUUUAUAGUGGCGUGUGAAUGUGCGCAACAACAAAUAAAACAACAACAGCAAUCAUAGUGCUCACACACGCACACAUAAAAUAAACAAAAGCAGCAGAGAUACUAAAUAUACACACGCACACGCAUUCGCUUGCAUGUAUGUGUGCAUGAUACGGAAAUUCGCAGCAGCGACAAAUUAAACUUGAAAAACUUAUUAAUUGUAUAAAGCAGUCAGCAUUAGAAAUAAGCAGCGCAGCAGAAACGAACGUCACCAAAGCAUACGUCGUCUCACACACCUACACAUUGACAACAUGCCUGUGUACAUGUAUGAGAACAGUCCGCAAUUAUAAAACGCAAAUCGCUCUCUUUGUGACUAAAGCUCUCCCUCUCACAAACGAUUAAGAACAGUCAACUGUGGACUACGUCAACUGCGACGCGACGCUCAAUUCUUAUACAAUUUCAAUAACAGACCGCGACGAUCGCUGCGCUCGUUCAGUCAACGCCGCUGCCUCGCGUAACUUGGUUCUGCUUCUAACGGACUCGCAAAUCGUACAAUUUUUUGGUAACUGCCCGAACGGCAAGUGCACACAAACGUUGAGAGAGAGAGAGAGAGAGAGAGAUAAAGAGAGAGUGUGUGUGUUUGUGUUUGUGUAACGAUUACCGAUUUCGAUUUCGCGGCGAAUCUUUUUGCCUCCGUCUCAAGUGCGCAACAGUGAAAAAGUUCUACAAACACUUGCCACUCGUCGAUUCGCGUGACAACAAGUGUUUCACCAACUAACUGUACACACUACAAUCGCUAAAAAAUAAACCUCAAGCAAAAAUUAAAAAGUACUUGCAUUUGGAUUUUGGAAUAACACACAUCUAAGCAAGCCAAAAGGAAUAUAUCAAUAUUUUUGUGGAUUUUUUUCAAUUUUAUGAUUCAUCCACAACCAACAUGGUGUACUACUCGGCUAACCAGUUGCUUAUAAAGACGGAGCAACCCAGUCAAACGCAGUUCUGUCUACAGGCGCCACUCACUGUGACGUCCAACGGUGUUGGUGUUGGGGCAGCGCCACCUAGCGGCCAGCAUGAGCACUACGAGCUGUUGCAGACGCCACAACAGCGACAAUUGCAGUUGCAACAACAGCAACAGCAGCAGCAACAACAGCUUGCCAAUUAUCAACUGGCCUUGCAACAGCAACAACAACAGCAUCAGCAACAUGAAAGUAUUACAUCAACAACAGUUGAUGCUGCAACACCAACAACAACAACAGCAACACAGCAGCAGCAAUGCAUCAAAACAGAGUUGCCACUGUCCUUUGCGGCAGCAACAACAACAGCUGUCACAUCCAAAGUGGCAGCAACAACAACAACAACAAGGAAACCAAACGCCAACAAGCCGCAAUUCAAGUGUGAGCAAUGUGGCAUGACCUUUGGCAGCAAAUCGGCGCACACGUCGCACACAAAAUCGCAUGCGAAAAAUGCGGACAUGGCGUUGGGUCUCAAGGGCAGUGCAAUAGGUGGCGCCACCUCAGCCAACUCGUUGCCCAUUGAGCUGAAUGAGGCCGGGCUGCCACUGGGCAUCCCAAAGAGUCCGACCAUCAAACCGCUGCCCAAUGUUGCCGCUGGAGCCGAUCCCUAUCAGUGCAACGUCUGCCAGAAGACAUUUGCGGUGCCUGCGAGACUGAUCCGUCACUACAGGACGCACACAGGAGAACGUCCUUUCGAGUGCGAGUUCUGCCACAAGCUGUUCAGUGUGAAGGAGAACCUGCAGGUGCAUCGACGCAUCCACACGAAGGAGCGACCCUACAAAUGCGAUGUGUGCGGACGUGCGUUUGAGCACUCCGGCAAGCUGCAUCGCCACAUGAGGAUCCAUACGGGCGAGCGUCCGCACAAGUGUUCCGUCUGCGAGAAGACGUUCAUACAGUCCGGCCAAUUGGUAAUACACAUGCGCACGCAUACGGGCGAGAAGCCGUACAAGUGCCCGGAGCCGGGCUGUGGCAAGGGAUUCACAUGCUCCAAGCAACUGAAGGUGCACUCCAGAACGCACACUGGCGAGAAGCCAUAUCAUUGUGACAUUUGCUUCCGCGACUUUGGCUAUAACCAUGUGCUGAAGCUGCAUCGCGUGCAACAUUAUGGUGCCAAGUGCUACAAGUGCACCAUCUGCGACGAGACGUUCAAGAACAAGAAGGAGAUGGAGGCCCACAUCAAGGGACAUGCCAACGAGCUGCCCGACGAUGAGGUUGAAGCGGCAGCAGCAGCAGCAGCAUCAGCAUCGGCUGCCAGUGGAUCAGCCUCCUCCAUUGCCAGCAACUCGGAGAGCAGCAACAAUUCGCCACCAAGUUCGCCGCCAGCCGUGAAGAAGCCACGUCAAGCACGUGGCGUCAAAGCAGCAGCAGCAGCGGCAGUUGCCACAGUUGCCACAGCUGUUGUUGCAACACCAUCGCCACUCUCGCCCAGCUCCGUCAGUUCCAACUACUCGCCAUCGAGCAGUCAAGCAUCGCCGCCUCCGCAAUUCCUGACGACGGAUGCACUCAGUCGUGAUAGUGGCGUCUCCAGUGCCCAGCAUGUGCACAGCUAUCCGGAUGAGGAGCUGCCCACGGAUCUGAGCAUGCAACAGCCACAGCAGAUGAUCUACUAUCAACAGCAGCAGGCGGCAAUAAGUGCACCCAGUUUAGUGCUGGAGCUGCAACAACCUGCGGCAGCUGGACUGACCAUCAAUCCAGCGCUGCUUGAGGCGGCCAGCAUUGCACGCCGCGAUCAUGACCAGGCGGAUGAGCAGCAAACGGGCAAUGAGCAUGACAACGAUGAGGAUGUGCAGGCGGCGGCCUGGCAAAUGAUGCAGCUGCGACGUGGACAUGCAGCGACGCCCACGCCUGCUCCGGCACAGACACAGCCACAACCACAACAACCGCAACAACACCAACCACAACAACAACCUACGCUGCAUGUGAGCGAUCUGGCGGCCAAUUAUGAUGACACCCAUGAGGCGAACGUGCUCAUUGAGCACUUCAAACGCGGCGAUCUGGCGCGUCAUGGACUGCACAAGGGCUAUGCGCCAGUGCCCAAGUAUGAAUCUGCCCUGCCCAAUCCGGAUAUUGUGCGUCGCGUCGAGGCGGCAAUUGGACUGCGCUCGAGCACAGAAUCUCCGGAGCGCAGUUCCUCGCCGGAAAGCGAUUCCCUGAUGAUGGCCGAUCGGAAUGUGAUGACAUUGCCGCUGCGCAAGCGCAAGCAUUAUAUGAACGAGGGCGAUGCCAGCAAAGGAGUCAGCAAUGGCGCCACAAAUGGCAAUGAUAAUGUUGCACUUGCCACGUCAGCAACAUCGACAGAUGCUGGCAGCAAUGCCAGCUCCAAGGUGAUGCGCAUGAGCUCUGUCAUCCAGUUUGCCAAGGCCUCGUAGUGGGGAGACUUCAGGCAGCAGCAGCAGCAACUAAUCAGCAUAAAGACUGUUCAACAAAUUCAAACUGAAAUUAGUUUUACUUUAAGGCUUGGACAGGUGCCAGCCUCUGAGACGACGAUGAUGAUGAUGAUGAUGAUGAUAAUGAUGAUGUUUUAUGUUUUAAUUAGCAGCGAGAAAUGCCAAAAGUAUUACUAUAUACAAAUGCAAGAAAUUUGUUUUAUUUUAAACUUGUCCUAUUAUGUUUUAAAUACUUUUAAAUCGCGUUUGCUUGAAGUUUUUUAAAUGAAUUUUGUUAAAACGUCUCAUUUGCAAUUUGUGAGUUUGGCAAUUGGUAUUAAAAGAAAUCGCAUCACGAUGCAUUUGGCAUAGACAAACAAAGAAGCCCUACCAUAAAAGAAAAACCAUAACAAUAAUAAGCUACGUACAUAAUUAAAUACAUUUAAAAUAUUUAUGCUAGUAAAGGCCAUAUUGGCAACGGCAAGAAUAAACAAUUAAUAUACAUACAUAAUUCUAAAGAAACUUAUUUAUAACUGCAACUAAAUAAGCAUAAUUAUGUAAUUAAUGCGCGCCCAUCAAAUCCCAUACAAAAUUAUAUGAUUAAGUAAUCAUCAAAAAAAUCUAUUUGAUAUGCAUUUUAUAUUUUAUAUACAAGCGAAAAUCAUAAAAAAUUCAUUUUUAAACAAAAAUCAUUAAAAUCAACAACACACACUUAAAUGUAAAACACACACACAAACACAUACAAUAUUCAACAACUAUUUUAUUAUACUUACAUAUGGAGAAUAAUGAACUGAUAAGCAAAGAGCAAGCAAGCGUAAUUAAGUUUAAAUUAAAACCAAGCAAGCAGCAUACAAAACAAAACAAUUACUUGUACUUUGUGUGUACAUCGCAUAUUCAAAUGCGCCAUAAAUAAUUUUUUGUAAACGCUAAGUAAUAUACAUAUAGUUUUAAAUUGUAGCAUGAAAUAUUAAGCGCAAGCGAAGUAAUAAAAAUCAAUUGCGAAACAAUA